UCCUCCAGGGUAGGAAAACAUUACGGACGGUGAGUGUGGACCGUGUCAGGAAAAAUAGCUUCUUGGAAUUUUUUUUACUCCAGGGUUGGAAUACUUUUUUGUGGUGGUGGGGGGGUCUACAUGAUUUGUUACAAGCACAAAUCCAUGUAUCUGUCGUCUUGGAAUUGAGUUGUAGUAAUCUUCACGGAGCUUGUCUUCUCACCUGGGAGGACGCCGAGUCCCGUCAGCUGGCGGUCGGGAUAACUAUUUCCGCCGUGUUGUUCGUGGUAUGACGGCUAGCUGAUAGCUGGGACCGCUGCAAUGCUAGGUGGUAAUGAGCCAGAUCACUUUUUUUUAGCUGAAACAGUUUAAGUGGAUAUUAAAAGGUUGUUCGAGACAAAGGAUAAGGAAUACCUGGUUUUUGUAUGAUUCUGGAACGGUAUUCUUCACUACAGUUACCAGCAUGCACAGCGGCAGAUGUGACAGCCCCAGAGGCAGAGAUUCCACAAGCCUUCAAUGUGUUUGUUCUGGAUGUUUUUGAAGGCAUGUCUCCACCACCGCUGACUUUGGAUUGUCCCCCAUUUUCUAUUUUUCGGAUCAAAUAUUAACUAUGUGUCGACGCAGCAGCUUGGCUUUGUUUUGGAUACAUUUAACACUUUGAAGUGAGUCGGACUGGGAAAAUCGACAAAAAGGAAACGCCAGCACGGGGACAAGUCAAACAUAAAGGAUCCUUUCCCCUAAAGAAAUAUCAUGGCAUCUGUGUGGAAAAGAUUACAACGUGUGGGGAAACAUGCCUCCAAGUUUCAGUUCGUGGCUUCCUAUCAGGAGUUGGUGGUGGAGUCCACCAAGAAAUGGCAACCAGACAAGCUGGUGGUGGUGUGGACUCGCAGGAGCCGACGGAAAUCCUCCAAGGCUCACAGUUGGCAGCCAGGCAUCAAGAACCCCUACCGAGGAGUGGUGGUGUGGCCUGUCCCGGAAAACGUAGAAAUCUCUGUCACACUCUUCAAGGACCCCCACGCAGAGGAGUUUGAAGACAAGGAGUGGACGUUUGUCAUAGAAAAUGAGUCUCCGUCAGGUCGUAGAAAGGCUUUGGCAAGCAGCAGCAUCAACAUGAAGCAGUAUGCCAGCCCCAUGCCCACACAGACUGACGUCAAGCUCAAGUUCAAGCCCCUCUCCAAGAAGGUGGUGUCUGCCACGCUACAGUUCUCCCUCUCCUGCAUCUUCCUCCGUGAGGGCAAGGCCACUGACGAGGACAUGCAGAGCCUGGCCAGCCUGAUGAGUAUGAAGCAGGCUGAUAUCGGCAACCUGGAUGACUUUGAGGAGGAGGACGAGGAGAACGAGGAGAACAGGGCCAACCAGGAGGAGAAGGCUGCUAAGAUCACAGAGCUGAUCAGUAAGCUCAACUUCCUGGAGGAGGAUCAGGACACGCCCCCUGCCCUCUGCUCCAAUCCCUUCGAUGAUCCGGCUGAUGAUGUUGAUGACCCCUCCCACCUGGAACACACCAAUCACUUCAACCCGUUCGGUGAUGAUGAUGAGGACCCCCUCCCUGCCCCCUCCCUCACCCUCCGACAGGACCCAGAGGCCUACUAUGUCCAGGAGCCCUCCAACCCCUUCGACGAGGACGAAGUCAACACACACUCGCACACAGAGUACAACCCGUUUGACGAGCCAGACCAGGACCCAGACCUAGUCCGGCAGCCGGAGGCUCCCAAACCCAGGGGGAGGAAGGGGGUCAGGCCGGUGGAUAUGAGCAAGUACCUGUAUGCUGACACCAACCCACCACCAGAGGACCAACUGGAUGAAUCCAACCCGUUCUACGAGCCCCGGACCUCCAGCCCAUCCCAACCCUCCGGGGGCCCCUCUCCAGACUUCAGUAACCAGAAGAGGAGAGCCCCGCUACCUCCCAGACCUCCAGGCCCCAGCCCCUCGGCCCCCAACACCUCCAGGGAGGGGGCAGAGAGGGAGAGAUUCAUGCCCAGUGGACCCAGUGCCGUGGUAGCUGUGGUGGGGCGAGAGCUGGCCUUCUCCUCCCCUAAGCCCAGUCCUAUCCCGAGCCCAGUGCUUGGUGGGAAGCCCAACGCUAGCCAAUCUCUGCUCGCCUGGUGCCGUGAGGUCACAAAGAAUUACCGCGGAGUCAAGAUCACCAACUUCACCACGUCCUGGAGGAACGGCCUGGCAUUCUGCGCCCUUCUCCAUCACUUCAGACCUGAUUACAUAGACUACAAGACCCUCAAUCCUCAGGAUAUUAAGGAAAACAACAAAAAGGCCUAUGAUGUUUUUGCCAACCUGGGCAUCAGUCGUCUGUUGGAGCCAUCUGACAUGGUUCUGCUGGCCAUCCCUGACAAGCUGACCGUCAUGACGUACCUCUACCAGAUCAGAGCCCAGAUCAGAGCCCACUUCAGUGGAGAGGAGCACAUACAAGGGUCCCCUGAGAUAAUGUCCCUGUGUGAGGUCAUCAGGGUCCCUGAGAUAAUGUCCCCGUGUGAGGUCAUCAGGGUCUCUGAGAUAAUGUCCCUGUGUGAUGUCAUCAGGGUCUCUGAGAUAAUGUCCCCGUGGUCCCCUGAGAUAAUGUCCCCGUGUGAGGUCAUCAGGAUUUCUGAGAUAAUGUCCCUGUGUGAUGUCAUCAGGGUCUCUGAGAUAAUGGCCCCGUGUGAUGUCAUCAGGGUGGGAGACUUCGAGACAGACACCAACGCCUCCAUCGGCCAGGACAAGUUCUAUGCCGAGCUAAACGUCAGUGACGCUAAUGCCCAGACUACUGGAUCCAGUGGGGACGUUAGCAUCGGAGCUAACGGCGCUAGCGCCACCAAUGGAGCCGCGGGGAAAGAGGAGGAGGAGAUGGAGGUGGUGAGGAAGAGUGAGACUGUGUCUUUCUCCCUCCCUGACUUUGGGGUGUCCCCCUCCUCUCCCAGCUCGCCCCCCCUCCCCUUGCCCCGUGCGGCUCUACCCCCCACCGCCACAGAGUCCUCCCACCCCAGAGCCGCGCCUCGCUCCCUUGCCACCACGCCUCUAGGAGACGAUCGCCGUCAACUACAACUACCCCUGAAGGCAGUCACCCUGGACCUGAGUCAGCUCCCUCUGAGGACGGAGAGAGGGAUGGAGAGAGGGAUGGAGAGAGGGACGGAGAGAGGGAUAGAGAGAGGGAUGGAGAGAGGGAUGGAGAGAGGGACGGAGAGAGGGACGGAGAGAGGGACGGAGAGAGGGACCGAGAGAGGGACGGAGAGAGGGACGGAGAGAGGGAUGGAGAGGGUGACGGAGAGAGGGACGAGGGAGCAGGAAGGGAUGAGGGAUGGAGCCCCGGACAACGGGGCCCUCGAUUCAGGGUCCCCUACACGGCAAGGAACCUCGGGCACCCCAGGGGCCUCGUCUCCCUCCUCCCACAAGCUGGGCUUCUCCUACAACCGUGAUGCUGACCUCAUCAAGAAGAAGAGGGCCAGCCUCCGUCACUCUGAGUCUGAGACCGCCUCCGACUGCAGCAACCCCACCCCUAACAACCACGCUGACACGCCCACUAAACAGGAGCCAACGCCCGUCCCCAGCUCCCCAGUGGAAAAGAAGGUGCAGUCUCGGCAGGAGGAGCUGAAGGAAAGAGCCAGGCUUCUCCUGGAGCAGGCCCGGCGGGAUGCUGCCAUGAAGGCCGGCAGCAAGCACACAGCCAGUUCAACUAACUCAGUCCCAGUUAAAACACCACAAGUCACUGACGAGAGAGACGUGGAGCGCCGGAGACAGCUGAGGGAGAGGGCCAGACAGCUCAUCGCCGAGGCUCGCUCUGGGGUCAAGAUCACAGAGAUGCCCCUUUAUGACACGACCGCUGACCGAGGGAGAGGCAAAACCACCCCUACUGGAGAUGUGUUGGAUGGAGAUGCAGGUGAUAAUAAUGGGGGUGAGGAGGAGGAGGGGGGGAGAGAUGAGGAAGAUCACCAUGAUGAAACUGUGACAGAGGCUACUGCGGUAGAUACUAGCCCUCCUGGGGCCCCUCCGACCUCCUCCACCAUCCAGGGGCAUCAGGAGUCUACUAACCCCAGCUCUGAGCUAACCUUUCUGGGUGUGAACAGUAAACACAUGGACUUGAAGCUGAAGAUGAUGGAGGUUCGACCUGGAGGACCCAACUCUUCCUCCUCUCCUUCAUCCUCCUCUUCCUCUCCCUCCUUCUCCUCAUCCACCUCGCCACUCAGCCCCACAGAGAACAAUGCAGAGCGUCUGCGCAGGGCGACAGAGAGACUGCGUGGUCCUGUAGUCUUCAGCCAGGAGCCAGCUGUCAGGAAAACACAGCUGAGGUCCUUCAGCCAGUAUGUGGAGGUCAGGCCAGAGGUAAAGCGUCAGAGAUCAGUACCAGAGGAUCAGAGACGGACGGGCGAGGAGAGAGGACUGGCACCAGACACCGAUGCUCGCAAGCCUUAUGAAGAUGAAAAGGCGUUCAAAGACACCAGUCAGUACGUGGUCGGGGAGCUGUCUGCUCUGGAGAGCGAGCAGCGCCACAUCGACGCCCGGGCGGCGCGCGUGGAGAAGAGGCUACGCUAUCUCAUGGACACAGGUACCAAGCCCAAUUACACUGGAAAACUGUUUUGGCAAAUUGAGCGUUUCACACAAACUCUCACGGAGUUGGGGAAGUGUGUGUGAGGCUGUAGUGUCCCA